GCCAUUCGCAGCCACAACUGUCAAUCACCGAGUCCUGGCCGAUGAUUACUCGCCUGGUGAUUUCCGAUGAUCUCUAACAGUUCUCCUCCCUGUCAGCUUGGGCACACUGCUUUGGAUGGCUCAAUGUGCUUACAUUGAAGCACACUGAAAUGGCCCCCUAUGUAAAACACUCCCACCACACAGUUAACCCUUUGAGCACCACUCAUGUUAACCCCUUCCUGCCCAGUGCCAUUAGUACAGUGUCAGUGCUUUUUUUAGCACUGAUCACUGUAUUGGUGUCACUGGGGAUGUCAGUGACACCAAGUCAGUUCUCCCCAGUGUCAGAAUGCCCAUAACAGUCCCGCAGUCCCACUAUAAGUCGCUG